UGCUUGUUACUAUGCGAAGUUAAACUUGUCACGGGAUCGCAACGAGCUUCUUGACAGCGAGCGUCCGUCGACGGCGGUUCCUUCCCGGGGCUCUCCGUCGUUUGUUUAUUGUCGCGUCCAUUUUGAUUUUUCAAAUCCGUCAAAAUGUUACGUGGCGAUCAAGGAUCCCAACAUGGAGCAACUCGAGGAGGAACUGACUUGCCCGAUCUGUUGUGGUCUAUUUGACGACCCAAGAGUGCUUCUCUGCUCGCACAGUUUCUGCCGGAGAUGCCUGGAGGUUCUCCUGGAGCCCCCCCGGGGCUCCGCUUUCUCCAGGUCGCCGUUCAGGUGCCCGACUUGCCGCAAGGAAAGCCCGCACAACGGCGCGAACAGCCUCCAGGUUAACUACUCCCUUCGCGGUAUAGUGGAGAAAUACGCCCGGCUUAAAGAGACGCCCCAAACGGGCGUGUGCGCCCAGCAUACCGGUCAGCCGCUUAAUAUGUUUUGCGCCACGGAUUUGCGGCUGAUUUGCGGCUGUUGCGCGACCGCCGACGAGCACCGGGACCACCGCUUCUGUUCCCUGGAGGAGGCGUACAAGCAGGAGAGACACGCAUUCGAGGAGCUCCUCCGCGGGGCGGAGGGUUGGCCGAGCGCGGGUGCUCUCGCCCGGCUGGAGUCGUUGCGAGCGGCUAAGAAAAGGGCGCUCCAGGCGGUCAACGAGGACGCGGAGCGGGCGAGCGACUACUUCGAGAGGUUGACAGCCGCGCUGGAGAGCAAGAAAAGCGAGAUCCUGUGCGACUUCGAGACGCAGAAGCUGGCCGUCAUACAAGCGUACGACCCGGAGAUGACGCGGCUGCGAGAUAUGCUGGAUCGCCAGCGGAGCGCGCUGACUGAAGCCGAGGUGUUCCGCGGCGUCACGGAGCCGCUGGGUUUCCUGGAGCACAUGCACGACUUCCGACGAACCCUCGCGGCUCUGAAGAAGGAGGAAGCGGGCAAGGAGACGCCGCCUCCCGCUCGGACACCUCCGGAUGUCGCCCCGCUCGAUGUCAAAAAGUGGGACGCGAUGAAGCUCGGGGACGUUGAUAAGAUGACGGUGCCUCAUGAGAGGGAGGUGACGGCGAGGGUUGGGAAAUCACGCCGAUCCACGCGGUGUCUCUCCUCGGCUAUCCUGAUGUGGGGGCUUUUAUCCGCGGCUACCACGCUGCUGCUUCUCGGGGGGGUCACAGAAGAAGCUCUGUGGGAGGUGACUGAUGCAUCCACGCGGGUCGUGGGCAACUUCAUUGACUCCGCUGUCAGUUACAUUGGCGGAUACACGUCGAUUUAACCCUUUAUAGGGCAAGUGACUAUUUUUGGUACCACUAAUAAUUUUGAAACUAUCUAUAUCGACGUGGCGUCUACAUACAGCAUACGUUGACAUCAUAUUUUGAUUAUUCAGUGUUCAUGUGGGGCCUACAUGACCCAAAAUAUGAUGAGAUAUGUCGAUGCCAGUUCUCAAACAUUUUUUUUUCAUUAGUAAUCGUUAUUUCUUUUUCAAUAGUUUGGGAUGAAUACAUGAAGUUCUAUAUUAAUAAAAAAUCAAGAGCGUAGGUUUCGUCUCAACAUUGGUGCAUGUACACUUUUUGCAUGGGGACGGGACAUUAAUAAGACCCAACAGAUUGGGUGGACGGGGGUCAGGGCUACAUUUCUCAAGAAUGUAAACCUAAUUAAUUGAUAGGCUAAAUGAUCAAUGAAAAAAAUAAAUCCGUAUUGAUAUAUAAUAACUUUCAUGUGUAUUGGUUCAGGUGAUCCACCGUUCCAUUUAUACCUUUGUUUUCAAAAACUGCUAAAGAAUCAGGUUGAAAUAUUCUAGAAUAAAUGUCUCGAUUUAAUUGGCAAAUUCAUAUUUCAAUAUUUGAACAUAAGAAGUUUGUAUUCAUUGUAAUGUAAGUUAAUAAUCUGUUAACUAUGCAGGAAUGCAAAAAUUAAACAUUUGUCUUAAGACCACUCAACAUUGUUGAGAAAUUAAUAUAACAUAUAUAUGAUAUAUAAAAAUAUAAAUAUAACUGGAAAAAAAAAAGUCCAGAAAUAACAAAAAUAAAUAAAAAUUCAGCCUUCCUUCAGGUACGACACUACUGCUUUUGCCACAAGCACAGCCAAACUCAACAAAUGAAAGCUCAUUUGGGCUGCUUUAAAACCACAUACAUAAUAUAAAAAUGAAAAUUGGAGUGAAGGGGAUAAACUUUGGAUCACUACAUUUCUCACAAUUUAAUUAACGUUAACAGUGGAAAAUACAGGAGGACACUUCUCUCAAAGCAGCGUCCUACUCUAGUUUUGCAGGUUAGCAAAUUCACACAGUUUAAUGCUAUGCUAACUCUGAUGCAGGUUGUACUUUCAUUAGCAAAAUUAGUGGUGGGUGCACUUCCACAACAAUGACAUCAUUUUACAUUACCUACAGUGGCUGCUGCUGGCUGAAAAAAAACCUUAUAAUAUCCUUCCUCUUCGAAGGGGACGGCGGAGGCAGCAUGUUGUGUUUCUGUCGGGGCUGUGAGUGUGUGUGUGUGCCGUCAAGUCAUCAGGCAAUCAAACAUGCGUUUGAGGGGAUAAAAUGGACUGGCACAUUCAGCAAGUGAAAAGGGUAAAUUUAAGUCUGAACAUAAUGGAAAUAAUUGAUUAAUGAUGGUAGGGUCAAUUCUAUCCUGACAGCAAAUCGGAAGACAAUCUAAACUACUGUACAUAUAUGACUAAAGUCAUUAUAUAAUGCAAAUAAGGUUGCUCAAAAGUUGGUGGGGAAAAAAUUGGUAGUGUUAUGUCCCUACGCAAACAUACACCAUUAAGUACUGUAUACAUACAUAAAUACCCUAAUUUACGGACUAUAAGCCGCAACUUUUUUCCCUCAUUUUGAAUCCUGUGGCUUAUAGUCCAGUGCAGCUUAUUUGUUGAUUUAUUUGGGUUAAUAGGUAACACUUUAUUUGACAGCGGCAUUAUAAGACUGUCAUAAGGACAUCAUAAUUAUGACAUGACACUAUCAUGGGCAGUAAUGAAUGCUUAUGACAGAUGUCAAUAUGUGUCAUGUGGCAUAUUAUGUCACUAACUCCAUUUAUGUCCAGCUCAGAUCUUUUACGUCCAUUCAAAAGUGAGAUAAAUUGCUUCAUGACACUAACCAACAUCUAUUAUAAGCAUUCAUUAAUGCUUAUGACAGUGUAAUGUAAUAAUUAUGACUGUCUUAUGACAUUAUAAUGACGCCACUAUCCAAGAAAAUGUUACCAAAUACCAUAACUAGCAAUUAAUGAAACAACUGGAACAGUAACUGAAGAAUUAGCACAGAACAUGAUUUUAUUUACAUCUGUAGCGCCGCAAUGCAUGCUAGGAGGAAUGUUGGAUGACAACAGUGUUGACAGCAGGUGGCAGCAGAGGUUGACUGUCUCCUCCAAGGGAGCAGUGAUGGCCAAAUGAAGCUUUUAGAAACAAUAAGGCUCUGCAGCCAAUUGGUUCAAAGCUUAAUGGUGGUUCAUUUGGUCUCAUGACAGUCUUAUGAUGCCAUUGUCAAAUGAAGUGUUACCAGUUAAUAUUUUUUGGUGUAAAUAUCCCAUAAUACAAUGAGGACAACUGCAGCUUAUAGUCCAGUGCGUCUUAUCUAUGAACAAAUGCCGUUUUCAUAUCAAAUUUGGUGGGUGGCGGCUUAUAGUCAGGUGCGCCUUAUAGUCCAGAACUUACGGUACAUAUACAUAUACCGUGUAUAUAUAUAGACUUGACGUCUACAUACAGCAUAUGCGGACAUUAAAUUUUGAUUAUUCAGUGUUCAAGUGGGGCCUGCAUGACCCAAAAUAUGAUACGUGGAUGCCAGUUCUGAAACAUUUUUUUUCUCAUUAGUUUGGUAUGAAUAAAUAAAACUCUACAUUGAUAAAAAUCAAGGGCGUAGGUUUGGUCCCAAUAUUGGUAUAGGGAUGAUAUAGCAGCAUAACCUGCAUGUACACUUUUUGCUGGGGACAGGACAUUAAUAAGCAGUGGCGCCUCCAGAAAUUUUUCAUAGGGGUGGCCAGAUGGGGCCACUUCAAAUCUUGGGGUGGCCAAAACUAAAAGCCAUAAUUUUAGGUUUUCAUUAUAUUAUUGCAGUAAAAAGGUCAGGAGAAAACUAUCAGAAAGACUUAAGGACACGGCUACUGACAUACUUUGGUGUAUUGUGUAAUAUUUGAUGUUACUAAUGAUUUAAUGUGCAUAGUCCAUA